GCACGCGCGGGGGCCAUAUUAGCGGCUCGCACUCCGGCGGCGGCGGCGAGUUUCCUCCCCGGGAGUCCGUCCCUCGUGUGGAUUUCCAACUCUUCCGUGUUUCCUCUCGGAGCCGCGUUAUAAAGCUCAGGAACCAUGUCUCGGAGAUACGACUCCAGGACCACCAUCUUUUCUCCCGAAGGUCGCCUGUACCAGGUGGAGUAUGCCAUGGAGGCCAUUGGACACGCGGGCACCUGCUUGGGGAUUCUGGCCAACGACGGUGUUUUGCUCGCGGCCGAGAGACGCAACAUCCACAAGCUUCUGGACGAAGUCUUCUUCUCCGAGAAGAUUUACAAGCUGAACGAGGACAUGGCCUGCAGUGUGGCGGGCAUCACUUCGGACGCGAACGUUCUCACUAAUGAGCUGAGGCUCAUUGCGCAAAGGUAUCUCCUACAGUAUCAGGAGCCCAUCCCCUGUGAGCAGCUGGUGACAGCGCUGUGUGACAUCAAGCAAGCUUACACACAGUUUGGAGGCAAGCGUCCCUUUGGUGUCUCCUUGCUGUACAUUGGCUGGGAUAAGCACUACGGCUUCCAGCUCUACCAGAGUGAUCCCAGCGGGAAUUAUGGGGGCUGGAAAGCCACCUGCAUCGGAAACAACAGCGCAGCUGCUGUGUCAAUGCUGAAACAAGACUACAAGGAGGGGGAGAUGACCUUGAAGUCGGCGCUCGCUUUAGCGAUCAAAGUGCUCAACAAGACCAUGGACGUCAGCAAGCUGUCCGCUGAGAAAGUGGAGAUUGCCACGCUCACGAGAGAGAACGGAAAGACGGUCAUCCGAGUGCUCAAACAAAAGGAAGUGGAGCAGUUGAUCAAGAAGCACGAGGAAGAGGAGGCCAAAGCCGAGCGGGAGAAGAAGGAGAAAGAGCAGAAGGAGAAGGAGAAAUAGGAGAGGCGGGCAGGCGGGCGGACGCUCACUCCACACUGAGAAAACGCGGGCGGGCUCUUCCUCCCACGCCCAGAAGAUGCGGACUGUUUUUAACUGUGCCGCGGGGACCGCGGACGUGCGACGCCGACCCGGUCCUUGGCAGUCCCGGCCGAUCCAUUACCGUAUUGUGAGGAUGGUGAUUACUCUUCACGGACAUCUUUAUCCCCCCACACACCCUUUUUUGGAAUAAAACUUGGAAAGAAUGGAGAUGGUGAA